GGAGUUUUAUCGCCCCAAUUUAAGAUGGCGCUAGCUGUCGCAUCAAAUGUCAAUUCGUGAGCCGUCAAACUCUUCUAAGACGCUUAUCUGUCUACAAAUAUAUACUAGUAAUCUGUGGCAGUUUUUUAAUCUGCCAUUAUUAUUAGGCGCGGCCAUGUUGGUCCGUAGUGAGUAAAAUCGAGUUAAAUUUACUUUUUGAGAAGUAAAAUUGACACAAUAUGCCCAAAUGCGACCUCAAAACGAGAUAUAUCCCCGCGACAUUCGCUUGGGCUUUACUUUUGGGCACAACAUCUCUAUUUUUCUAUUUUCCCUGCCAGUUCUAUUUGCACAACCACCCAUGGGUUCCUGCAUACCAAGGUGUCAUAACAUUUUUUGUUUUGGCCAAUUUUACACUGGCCACUUUCAUGGACCCGGGAGUGAUACCAAAGGCUCCACCUGACGAGGACCGCGAGGACGACUUCCGCGCGCCGCUGUACCGCAGCGUGGAGAUCAACGGGAUCACGGUGCGCAUGAAGUGGUGCGUCACGUGCAAGUUCUAUCGCCCGCCGCGCUGUAGCCACUGUAGCGUCUGCAACCACUGCAUAGAGACAUUCGACCACCACUGUCCGUGGGUGAACAACUGUAUCGGGCGGCGGAACUACCGGUUCUUCUUCUUCUUCCUCAUCUCGCUGUCCAUCCACAUGCUGAGCAUAUUCGGCCUCAGCCUCUACUACAUCAUGCACCACAACAAGAUGCUCACCCAGGUCGAGCCUAUUGUGUCAAUGGUGAUAAUGGGUAUCAUAGCGUUGCUAGCGAUACCGAUAUUCGGUCUGACGGGGUUCCACAUGGUGCUGGUCUCCCGGGGGCGGACCACCAACGAGCAGGUGACGGGCAAGUUCAUCGGGGGUUUCAACCCCUUCUCCAGGGGGUGCUGGAACAACUGCUGCUACACGCAGUUCGGUCCGCAGUAUCCUAGCCUGGUACGACCGUCCAAAUACAUAUACAAGGGCGGCAAGAAGCGGCGCGGCGCGGCCAUAUCGACCAUAGCGGCGGACGCGCACGCGCACGCGCAGGUAAAGACGUACACGGCGCAGGACAACGGCGCGCCGCACAGACCGCUCGGCGCGCACGCACAUUACAACAAGCUGUCGCCGGGUCGCGAGGAGCAGGAGGGGUCGCUGGAGGGUCCGGGCGCGUCGCAGUCGACGGACUGCGAGCCCACCCCGCCGCCCCUGCAGCGGCGCGGGUCCGCCGCCAACCUUUUCCCGCCCGCCGAGCCCCACCACCUGCCCCCCAGACACUACCCGCGCCUCAGCCCCCUCGCCCGGAAUACCAGCCACGGCACGACGACGUCCGGCUACCGGGUGGUGAUGGAGCCGCUCCGGUACGAGCAGGGCUCCAACGGCGCGCGGCCCUCGCCCACCAUGCAGCAGCGAAUCAAGUCGCUGGGGGUGCCCACGCCGCUCGCCGUCACGAGCCCCGUCCGGAGGUCCAACCCCGGCACGCCGACCGCGCCGCGCCGCCCCGACUACAUCGGCGUGCGCUCGCCGCAGCGCCGCUUCCUGUCCGAAGGCGAGCUGCUGGGCGACGUCGCCGAGCUGGCCGCCAGCCCGCAGCGCGGCGGGUACGCGUGGGCGGAGCGCCCGCCCCCCUCGCCGCCGCGCCGCCGCCCCGCCCCGCCCCCGGCGCCGCCCCGCCCCGCGCGCCCGCUGUCCUUCGUGCGCGCGCUCGAGGUGCAGGACCAGCUGGAGCGCGCGCCGCCCCCGGCGCCCCCCGACCGCGCCUCCGUCUACGACUGCAACUACGAGAUAUCGGUGUGAGGCCCCCGGAUAACGCACAAGAGGCGCGGCGCCGCGAGGGACAGCCCGCGGUGUAAAUACUACCCAGUACCCAGUGUUGUGAUGUAGGAGCUAGUGUCGGCCGCGGCCGAGUCGCAGUCUCGGGCCGGCCGUUCGUGCCAAACGUCCCCCGCCGGUAGGACGGGGGGAGUAAAUCCCGUUUCGGUUUCUGAUCGUUUUCCGUUCGACGAUUCGAAUGUCCUCGAGAGAUCUUCGACGAUGCCGAGUAUUAGGGCCCGCGGGUGUGACUUUAGAUGUAAAAUUUUAUUUGGAAGUAUCACGAGGGACGCGAUUUUACGUAGAAUUUAAUGGAACGUUAUUUGAAAGGUCGCUUUGUGUAGACGAGACGAUAGCGGUCGUUGAUUCGAAAUAGAUAGUGAUGAUUGACAAGAAAACGACUGACGAAAUACAAACAUGAUUUGUAUGUUUUUAAAAAGCAUUUACGCAUAUUUUAUCAUAAUAAAAAAAUUCAGCUCGCACGAUUCCAUCGAGAGUGAUGUAGCUGAAUAUGAAGCACUGAAGCUUAAACUCGUUCAUUUGUUGUCAUUAUAGUUUAUACUUUAUUUAUAAAUAUCUAUAGGAGACUUAAUUGCUAAAAAAUAUGGUUUAUGGUUUACUGGCUUUGGUCCGAUAAUAUUACUAUCAAAUAUUUAUAAUAGAGCGAUCCAGGUACUCUCGAGUAUCUUAUUAUUUCUGUUUAAUUUUGUGUAAAAAAAUUAGCAGAUAUUUGUGACCGGUUCAAAAUAGUUGCACAUUAAGAAAAUUUAUAUUAACAGAUUUUGUAGUUUAAUUUACCGAGACCAUAAAUGUAAUAUUAUUAUAAUAUAAUAGUAAUAUGACCGUGUCGGACGUGUUUCUAUAAAUAUAAUGUACAUCUGUUGUAAAUAUGUAGAUCUGUAUGUGUCGUACAGAGAAAAUUCCCUAAGUGUAUACUUCACAUUAUUUUUGUGGGUAGAUGAAAAAUUUGUAGCAUUUUUUGGUAGAUUGUUCUCUCUCGAUUGUGCUUAGCCGGCGUCGAUUGUGAGACGUUUGUUGUAAUAUUACUGUUGUAGAAUUGUAGAUGUAUGAAAUUGGCAAACGUAACAGUCGCAUAUCACGUCCGUGCUCCGGAGCGGCCGGGCAGACGAGAAAACUGUGGAAUUGUAUAUCGACGUAAGUAUUUGUAAAAUUUAGUACAUAUUAUAUCGGUGACCAAAAAAAACAACGAUUAAUGUUAAAAAAGCGCUACAAAAUUUUUAUCACCCCAUAUAGACGUGUAAAAUUUAAUAUUUGUCUUAUUUACCUAUAAAGUGUACAGAAAACGUUUACAAUACGUCGGAGGCUUGUAAAUAUAUGCAGUGUAUUGUAAUUUACUCGUAAGAUUGUUAUAGAUGUUAACCCUUAUGACUUAUGUAUAUAUAACUCUUUCGUUUAACCUGCGGUGUCAGUAUGGAUUCAGUUUUUUUUUCAAUUGCGGCCGAGUCAAAGACGUAGCUGCGACUUACGUCAAUACCAGGGCAGUAAAAUGCACACAAAAUAUCAGCUUUUGGUUUUACAGAUCGCGUUAAAUACAAUCCUCCGGGCUACAUACAUUUUACUUUAAAUGGAACCCUGUAAUAAUAAAAAGUGUGUUUUUUAUAUAUUAUAUGACUUCUCAAACAUAAUCCUUAGGGAGUAGGGACGCUUCCAGUGUGACACUGUACGUGUGAAGUCCUAGUUAUUUUUAACCGACUUCAAAAAAGGAGGUUAUCAAU